UUUCCUGUUUCAGCAUGACUGUGCCCAGAGCGAGGUCGAUACAGAAAUGGUUUGGGGAGAGAGAGAGAGAGACCCAUGAUUUUUGGAAUGAGAUGUUUGACUAGCAGGUGUCCACAUACUUUUUUGUCAUGUGGUGUAUCUUCAGAUAUGAGUUGAUAGGAACCGUAGUAGGGAGGAUUUACGUGGCUGCUAGCUAUCUCAUCUUUUCAGUGUUCAAAUAGAUGAACUCUCACUGUUAAAUACAUACAAAAAGCUUCUGUAAAUUCUAAAAUGUUGCAAAUUCUAAGUUGAUCAUAGGGGCUGCUGUACAUUUUAAGGAACAAAGUUACAAGAGAGGUUGGUUGAUCUAGGGUGAGUCCCAAAUGACACCCUAUUCCCCACAUAGGGCACUAUUGAGCCCUGGUCAAAAGUAGUGCCCUAAAUCAGUUAUUGGUUGCCAUUUGGUACGUAUCCCCACUCUGUAAUUAUUUAAAAUGAUCUUUCUGCGUGUGCCUCAAUACCUGCUUUGACUUGCAAGACGAAGAAGAAGAGGGAAUUAAAUGGCUGAUUUAUAUUUAAGCAAUAAGGCCCGAUGAGGUGUGGUAUUAUGGCCAAUAUACAAAGGCUAAGGGCUGUUCUUAGGCACGGCACAACACGCUAAGCCGUGGUAUAUUGGCUAUAUAUCACAAACUCCCGAGGUGCAUUAUUGCUAACAUAUAUUGGUUACCAACGUAAUUAGAGCACAAAAAAAUACAUGUUUUGUCAUACGAGUGGUAUACGGUCUGAUAUACCACGGCUGUCAGCCAAUCGGAAUUCAGGGGGCUCGACCCACCCAGUUUAUAAUUCAGAAUAGAGCACAGCAUCCAAUCGAUGCCUAUGGAGGAUCGGAUGACUGACUGUGUGACUACAGGAUUGAUUGCGAUUGGUGGAUAAAGAGUGGUUAAUCAUUUGGUUAUUUGUACAUAUAUAUUUUGCAUAUAAAGCAUUUUGUCCCAUGAUCAAGGAUAUGCUUGAAAGGAAAAUGUCUGAAUAACUAAAAGCUGAUACCAAAUAAAUCACUGAUAUAUAUUGUGUAAGAUCUUUCACUUCUCAUUUUGUGAUUUUAGUUUUUUCAUGUUUUUAUUUUGGUCCAGGUCAUUUGUUUUUCUAUGACCAAAACAGAGGUAUUGUGAUACUACGACCAUGAUGGCCGAGCUGGUACCGUGACAACCUGUCAUCUUCAUACUCUAAGCCGAUAAUGAGCGUGUCCUAAAACCUGUAAAAAUCCCAUUUUAUUUGUCACAUACACAUGGUUAGCAGAUGUUAAAGCGAGUGUAGCGAAAUGCUUAUAAUUGCAAGUUAGAGAGAUCCCCUCCCCCAAAUGAAGGAAGUUAAUCACAAGGCUGGUGUCAGAACAGUGCAGUCAAACCGCUAUCAACUUGGGGGGGGGGGGGUGAGUAAGAUGUAUGGGGACAGCUGCCCAGCCUCCGUGAGUAUCUCACUGAGGAUGAAAAUGACUAUCUUUCUCUUGCUUCUUCUAUUAGGUGAGAUUUUAUCCAGGUUUGUCUGAGAUAAAAAAAAUAAAAAAAAUGUAGCAAGAGAUUUCUUUGUGCCAUAUUUGGUAAUUUCUAAGUGUGUCCCCGCUUGUUUGUUUGAUAGAUGACCCUGAGAUAGAAGCACAACAGUGGACGGAGGUGAAUGGACAAGUAUACGGACACGUUCUGCUGAGAUUUAUCUUUCCUCCCUUCUACAAUGGUUAUGAGAAGUUAUGUUCUAAACUAUAUCCUGGGCCAUUUCCUGUUGUGAAUACCAGAGGAUAUGUCAACAACUACUACAAGGGAAGAAUAUCGAGAACGGAAUACAACGGUGAGAUGUACGUUAUGAUAUGGAAUUUAAAACCUGUGGACGCUGGCGACUACAGGUGUGUUGUCAGCGGUGUGAAUCAUAUCUACUCUGACUUUCACCUCCAGAUUGAUAGUGGUCGACGUAGCGGUCCUGUACCACCUCGACCUCGUGUCAGAUCAACCAUCAGACCCUCCAUCUUCUCAUCAUCCUCCUCCGACACCUCUGGGCCUUUUUCCCCCAGUAUUUCCCGGAGUGUUGGUAUACCACUGGCUGCAGGUCUCUGCAUCUCGAUGGGGAUCGUUAUCUGUUCAAUCAUAGUUGCUGUGGUUCAUCGCAAAGUCAGGGCAAAAAAGAAAUGUGGAGCAACUUCCAGUGACUCAGCAGCCCACGUCCUCUCACACGUCCCUCAAAAGGAGAGCAGUAUUGUCUACGCCACAGUGGACUUCAAACCUCAUGAGAACCAUACCACAGAGCUGUAUGCUAACCUACAGACACUCCGCAGCCCCAGAGGUCAUGACCCUGACACACACAGAGAGCCUGCUGGGACGGUGGUGUACUCCACGCUGGCUAGCAACCAACGCUGAACCGGAUUGUUACGUAUCUGUAUCUUUCCUAGCCUGGUGGUCACAGAUCUGUUUGUGCUGUCUUGAUAUGCUGUCAUGACCAGGCUAUCUGUAUAAUCCUUAGUUGCUACAUAUUUUUUUUAAUUAAUGAUAUAUACUUAUAAAUGCCUCAUGAGCUUAGUUCAUCUGUCGUACCCCCAUCAGAACCCAAAAUAUAAGCUUGUUUUACUCCAAUGUUUUUAAACAAAGUAAAUGUAAUCAAACACAUUAUAGCCUCAACACAUGGUUAAAACUAUAGUGUUGAUAUCAUGGAUGGUCAGUUCUUUUAUCCAUAGCUCUGUCUAGGAUAGAGACACGCCCAUCCUUCCGCUUCUUACCAAAACAGAGGCGGGGUGCCACUUUGUUUCAACUUUGGAGUCUAGCUUUAAGAUGAUUGAUUUGUCUUUAUUCUUUUGACUUAUGAACUAUACAAAUAAAAUAACUCAACUACA